AUGAAUAAUCCAUCUUUUAAAGCAAUAUUGACAGAUGUUGAAGGAACUACUACUUCCAUUGACUUUGUAAAGAAUGUUCUUUUUCCAUUUUCUUUUGAAAAUGCUGGGAAUUUUAUUCAAAAACUUGUAGUUGCAAAUCGUGAACAAGAACAUCAAAAGGUACUUGAUGAUUUAAUAAAAACAUCAAAUGAACAUGCAGAGGAAAGCUCCGAAGUUUUAUUAAUUCAAUCAAACGAUAAAUUUGAAAUUCAAAUUUCCAAAUUAACUUCCAAUGUUUUAUUAUGGAUAAAACAGGAUAAAAAGUAUACAGCUUUAAAAAAUUUGCAAGGACUUAUUUGGGAAGAUGGCUACAAAAAUGGAUUAAUUAAAGCACAAAUUAAUAUACAUAUUUUCUCUUCUGGCUCAAUUAAGGCCCAAAAAUUACUUUAUUCACACACCGAAUUUGGAAAUUUAGAAAAGUUCAUAUCAUCUCAUUUUGACACAACUAUUGGUCCUAAAUUCGAGAAGGAAAGUUAUCAGCGCAUUGUGGAACAGAUUGGAAUUGCUCCAAAUAAAAUACUUUUCCUUACUGACAUUGAAAAAGAAGCCUUCGCGGCAAAAGCGGCUGGUCUUCAAGUUCGUUUAGCUUUACGUCCAGGAAAUGCUCCUCUUAGUGAAAGUGCACUUAAAGAAUUUACAACAUUUUCUAGUUUUGAAGAAAUUAUUUAA